GAGCAUCUGGCCAUGGCAUUCUGUCACGCGAGGCCUACAUCGGCCAUUUUUAUCAGCUUGUCUCCCAGCUAGAUCAGUGGACAGUUACCGGCCCGUGUGCCAUCCAACCAGGAUUGAGGAUUUACGAUUGAUAGAAAAGGCACCCACUGGCCUCUCCUCCAUAUCUCAGACUCACCCGCUCUCUUAGAUACCACUCAGUCCACCAAAAACUAACACAUACUCGACAUGGCUACCGUCGUACUGAAACGUACCAGUCAGAAGAUGCCUCUUGUCGGCUUCGGUCUCUGGAAGGUCACCAGAUCCACCUGCGCCGACACCGUGUACAAUGCUAUCAAAUCAGGUUAUCGUCUCUUCGAUGGUGCCGGUGACUAUGGCAAUGAGAAGGAGGCCGGAGAUGGUGUGCGCCGCGCGAUCCAGGACGGUCUCGUGAAACGAGAAGAGCUUUUCAUCACUUCCAAGUUAUGGAAUACCUUCCAUGCGAAGGAGCAUGUUGGCGCGUUGGCAAAGUUUCAGCUUGGACUCUGGGGUAUUGACUACUUUGACCUGUUCUUGGUCCAUUUCCCCAUCGCUCUGAAAUACGUUGACCCGAGCCAUCGCUACCCUCCCGAGUGGUUCGGCGACGACGGCAAGGUCUACCUCCAAAACACACCCAUGUCCGAAACUUGGGCGGCCAUGGAGGGUCUCGUUGAUGCCGGCCUCGCCAAGAACAUCGGUUUAAGUAACUGCCAGGGAUCUAUCCUUUUGGAUGUGCUGCGCUACGCCAAAUACGAGCCGCAGGUGUUGCAGGUUGAGCUGCACCCGUAUCUGACCCAGGAGGCUCUUAUCAAGCUCUGCAAACACUUCGGAAUUGCAGUGACGGCAUACUCCUCGUUCGGACCUCAAAGUUACGUCGAGCUUGGUAUCGACAAAGGGACACCGAGUUUGCUCGAACACAACGUUAUAGCCUCAAUUUCUGCCACCCACAAGAAGACUCCGGCGCAGGUGUUGCUACGUUGGGCGACGCAGCAAGGCAUCGCCGUCAUUCCCAAGAGCAACAACCAAGACCGGCUGGUUGCUAACCUAGACUGUAAUAGCUUCGAUCUGUCUGACUCAGAGAUCAAGAACCUGAGUGCCCUAAACAUCAACCUCCGACUGAAUGACCCGGGUGACAUUGACGUCCAAAUGUCCGUCUUUGCUUGAAAUGAUCAUGUAUACUUGUUGCCUUCAUUAUUAUCAGUGUACGACUACUAGCCCGAGUACCAGCCGUGUAAAUAUGUAUGCUGAGGUUGCCAACAACACAUCGUUUAUCGGUGAUGUUAGCUUGCCC